AUCAUGAGGCGCAGCUAGCAUUCUCAUAAACGGUGCGUUAUUCUCCACCUCUGCUCCCCCUCCAGUCCUCCACUUCUUCCCGUUUUCCUUCGCUGCCGGUGGGCGGCCGCUGGUUCCAGUGGUUGGUUAGUGUUCAAGAUGGAGCUCGGCAACGAGAAUGCGACGGUGAAGAAGGCGAGGGUGGAGGAGCCUCUGCUACUGCCACCCAACGUCCAAGUGAAGCAAGAAGGUGGUGUAGUUGCGGCGGCGGCGGAAGGCGACACCAGAAAGGAGAUGGACAUCAUCAAGUUCGACGCGACCCUGCUCCACUGCCCCGUCUGCUCCGACCGCCUCAGGCCUCCCGUCUUCCUGUGCGCGGCGGGCUUGCACAUUGCUUGCAGCUGCUGCCAGGGGAAGCUCCCCGGCAAGCGGUGCCACUCGUGCGACCACGGCGGCGGCUCCUACGUACGCUCACCACUGAUGGACAAGGUCGUCUGCUCCGCCAGGGUCCAGUGCGCCCACCGCCAGCACGGCUGCACGAGCUGCGUCGCCUACUUCGAGGCCUCCGACCACGAGAGCGCGUGCCCGCGAGCGCCCUGCUCCUGCACGGUGCCCGGCUGCGGCUUCGCCGCCUCGCCGCCCAACCUCCUUGGCCACCUUGCCUCCACGCACGCCUGGCCCGUGCACAGCAUCCGCUACCGCACGCACCUCGGGCUCGCCGUGCGGGCGUCGGAGCCUCGGGCGCUGCUCGUCGCGGCGGAGGAGGACGGGGCCGUGUUCCUCCUGUCAGUGGCAGCGCUCGGCACGGCCAGGGCCGUCUCGGUGGUGUGCGUCAGGGCCAACGGCGACGCGGGGCAGCAGUACUCGCUCAAGCUCUGGGCGCACGGGAGCGGGGACCGCGCCGUCAUACUGGACUCGGAGGUGACGAGCAGCGUGGCUCCCGGCGAGAUCAACGUGGACGCGUGGGAGUUCUUGGCGGUGCCGCCGACCAUGAUGACUGGCCCUGGACCGGACAAGGAGAUGGUCCUCACCGUCUGCAUUGACGAAGCCUCCUAAUCGAUCCGAUGAUCUUGGUUCCUGGCCGCGCAUGCAUGAACUGCAUGCCGGCAUGCGGCUGGGUGGACCUUGUUGUUCCUCAGCAGCAAAUGAGUUUAUGCUACUGUGAUGCAAGUGUUUAGAUUAAUUAGGAAAUGACUUUGCGGCUUCACUUUCACUUCGAGCAUGUCAAAGUGUGAUGGUUUUCGGA